AUGCCGAUCCAAUCUACGUUGUCGCCGGCGCCGCUGCUGGCUGUUAUCGCGCCCUUGGCCUCAACUGUUUUCGCUGCGAUGCCCGACUUCGCCGAUUACGAGGCCGCUCCCGAACCAGCCUCCACUGCUGCGGCGAGGACCACGGUCGUCGCUGAUGCUACCUCUUCGCCUGCUGCGCGUUUUUCCACGUUGCCUUUGAAGCAGGCGUUGAAGAUCUGGGAGCGCGAUGACAUUCACUUGAAGGACUUUAAGCUUGAGGGUGUAUUCUUGCUUGUUGUGGCAGCUUACCUUGCUUGCUACUUCAUUGGAAAGAGUAAGAACACAGACAUCGCUAAGAAAUGGUGGAAGAACCAUGGCUCAGUACUCUCUCAGCAGUUCGUCCACGUUGGUGCUGCAAAGCAGUCGACCGGUGCUCUUACCUAUAGCUCGCCGUCUGAGUACAUUUCCUACGCCUCCGGACGUAAGACUAUCAAGACUGCGACCAUCUUCGUUGACACCGUCAUGCGCCAUGACCCCAUCUCCCUCCUCUUCGACUACGGAUACCGUACGCUUUCGGAGGGUGGUGCUGGCAUGUUGCCCGUCGCUGACCGUGUAACCAUCGAGAUCGAGGCUGAUGAAGGCGCAUGGGGUGGCUAUGUGUGGGGUCUCGUGGAGAAGGGUUUGAUGAGGGCUGCCAGGGAGCAACGUUGGGACCUCGGCUACACUGCCACUAAGGACCACAAGGAUCUGCCUAGGGAAUAUACGGUCAUGUCUGAAUCGGCUGAGAUUACUGAGUUCAUCAUGGCUGACAAAAAGUUCGUCGAGGCGGUGAAGAACUGCAAUGGAGCAUUGGAGUACGUUAUUGUCAGUGAUCAGAAGAAGGAGGCUCCGAAUGCUACUAAGGAUUUGGAGAACUCUCCCCGAAGGAUCACAUUGUCUGUUCGGGCUGAUAAGAAAAGCCCCGAGUUGAUCAGCGCCGUCAUUGACCUUGCCGAUCACCUUGCCAAGGCUACUCGUUCGCUACGACCCGAAGUCACCAGGAAAGUCACAAGCAACAGAGCCGACACCAGAAGAAAACUGGAGAAGCUGGAGAAGGAGGCGGAGGCAGAGGAGCUCAGAGCCAAGAGGGACCGUAAGAAGGCGGAGGAGGAGGCAGAGCGAAAGAAGGCUCUGUCGCCGGAGGAGCAGAAAAAGUUGCUUGACAAAGAGAGGCAAAGAGCCAUGAAGCGAGCCCAAGGAAAAGGUGCCAAGGUUAGGAAGUAG